GGUCGGUCAGCGCGCGUCCUCCGACUCCAUGGCGCUUCUCGUGCGGCUGCUGCCCCUCGCCCUGGCGCUCGCCCUGGGCCCGGCCGCGAGCCUGGAGGGACCCGCCAAGUCGCCCUACCAGCUGGUGCUGCAGCACAGCCGGCUCCGGGGCCGGCAGCACGGCCCCAAUGUGUGUGCUGUGCAGAAGCUCAUUGGCACCAACAAGAAGUACUUCACCAACUGCAAACAGUGGUACCAGCGGAAAAUCUGUGGCAAAUCAACAGUCAUCAGCUACGAGUGCUGUCCUGGAUAUGAAAAGGUCCCAGGAGAGAAGGGCUGCCCAGCAGCCCUCCCGCUCUCAAACCUUUACGAGACCCUGGGAGUUGUUGGGUCAACUACCACUCAGCUGUACACCGACCGCACAGAGAAGCUGAGGCCUGAGAUGGAAGGACCCGGCAGCUUCACUAUCUUCGCCCCCAGCAAUGAGGCCUGGGCUUCCUUGUCAGCUGAAGUGCUGGACUCCCUGGUGAGCAAUGUCAACAUCGAGCUGCUCAACGCCCUUCGCUACCACAUGGUAGACAGACGGGUCCUGACCGAUGAGCUGAAACACGGCAUGUCCCUCACUUCCAUGUACCAGAAUUCAGACAUCCAAAUCCAUCACUAUCCCAAUGGGAUCGUAACCGUCAACUGUGCUCGGCUGCUGAAAGCUGACCACCACGCCACCAAUGGUGUGGUGCACCUCAUUGAUAAGGUCAUCUCCACUGUCACCAACAACAUCCAGCAGGUCAUCGAGAUUGAGGACACCUUUGAGACGCUCAGGGCUGCUGUGGCUGCGUCAGGGCUCAACACCCUACUUGAAAGUGACGGCCAGUUCACACUCUUGGCCCCAACCAAUGAGGCCUUCGAGAAGAUCCCUGCUGAGACCUUGAACCGGAUCCUUGGUGACCCAGAGGCCCUAAAAGACCUGUUGAAAAACCACAUCCUGAAGUCGGCCAUGUGUGCCGAAGCCAUUGUGGCUGGGAUGUCCAUGGAGACCCUAGAGGGCACAACAUUGGAGGUAGGCUGCAGCGGAGACAUGCUCACCAUCAAUGGGAAGGCCAUCAUCUCCAACAAAGACACCCUGGCCACCAAUGGUGUGAUCCACUACAUUGAUGAGCUGCUCAUCCCAGACUCAGCCAAGACGCUAUUUGAAUUGGCUGCAGAGUCUGAUGUUUCCACAGCCGUUGACCUUUUUAGACAAGCUGGUCUCAACACUCGCCUCUCCGGAAAUGAGCGGUUGACUCUCCUGGCCCCCCUGAAUUCCGUGUUCAAAGAUGGCACCCCUCCCAUCGAUGCCACUACAAAGGAUUUGCUUCUGAACCACGUGAUUAAAAACCAACUGGCCUCCAAGUAUCUGUACCAUGGACAGACCCUGGACACUCUGGGUGGCAAAAAACUGAGAGUUUUUGUUUAUCGUAAUAGCCUGUGCAUCGAGAACAGCUGCAUUGCUGCCCACGACAAGAGGGGGCGGUACGGGACCCUGUUCACCAUGGACCGGGUGCUGACCCCCCCGAUGGGGACCGUCAUGGACAUCCUGAAGGGGGACCAUCGCUUUAGCAUGCUGGUUGCUGCCAUCCAGUCUGCAGGGCUGACUGAGACCCUCAAUCGGGAAGGGGCCUAUACAGUCUUUGCCCCCACAAAUGAAGCCUUCCAAGCCAUGCCACCAGAAGAACUGAACAAACUCUUGGGAAAUGCCAAGGAACUUGCCAACAUCCUGAAAUACCACAUUGGCGAUGAAAUCCGGGUUAGCGGAGGUAUUGGGGCCCUGGUGCGGCUGAAGUCUCUCCAAGGUGACAAGCUAGAAGUCAGCUCGAAAAACAAUACGGUGUGUGUCAAUAAAGAACCUGUUGCUGAAACUGACAUCAUGGCCACAAAUGGUGUGGUCUAUGCCAUCACCAGUGUUCUGCAGCCUCCAGCCAACAAACCGCAGGAACGAGGAGAUGAGCUUGCAGAUUCUGCGCUUGAAAUUUUCAAACAGGCAGCAGCAUUUUCCAAGGCUUCCCAGAGGUCUGUCCGACUAGCCCCCGUCUAUCAGCGGUUGUUAGAGAGGAUGAAGCAUUAGCGUGAAGGACCACAAGAAGAAUGCACUUCAGCAGCUCCCAGCCAAUUUCUCUCAGUUUGCUAAAGAGACUGGAUGUUUUUUUAAGCCAAAGAUCACACUUCGAUGUAUAUGGGCCGCAUCAUUAGGAGACCUGAGCCUUGGGUACGGGGUGGGGUGGGAGGAGGGAAAGAGAGGUACUUUUUAUUUUUUUCUCCCUAAACAUGGCUGUUAACCCACUGCGUGCAGAGACCUGGAUGUCACUGCCUGACAUUCACUUCCAUAAAGGACCUGACCCACAUGGCAGGUUUCCCGCCCUUGCCAAGUGCUCAGGAAAAGGGAGCCACAGUUUUGUGGAACUCACAAAACAUGAAUUAAGCAAUCAAGCAUUAUGGGAAAGUUGUGGCACAGUUUUUGUAAAGCCCUUCAGUUGGAGAAAUGGCAUCUUCAUAAGCAGUGAGUUGAACUGUUCUGUCAAGUGAGUCUGGUGUGUCCAUCUAGCUUGGACACUCCUAUGUGGCCUUGUCCAGGUAGAAAAGAGAGGGUGUGCAGAGCAUGGAGAGGCGCAGUAUUUCCCAAAGAGAAGUGUGGCAGAGCCAUGAUGUGUUUGUAAUAAUAAAACCAAAGAAAUAUG